CACAAACAGAUCUUUCCGCCUCUCUCUCUCUCUCUCUCUCUAAAAUGGAACUCGCCGGAGAAACAACAAACAACCUCUCCUCUUCUUCCUCUUCCUCCGUAUCAUCAACCGCUACGAGCCACGAUUGCGACUCGCCACGUGGCGGAGACGUAGAUCACGAAUUACUCCGCACGUCCGUUUCCGUUUAUUCAUCGUCUUCUGCCUCAAUCCAGAGAGUGCUCAGCUUAAUCCGAUCGGAGGAUCCUGAAUCAAGGCUGUUCGCGGCUAAAGAGAUCCGUCGGCUGACGAAGACGUCGCAUAGAUGCCGCCGACACUUUUCGCAGGCCGUUGAGCCGCUCGUUUCGAUGCUGAGAUUCGAAUCUCCUGAAUCGCACCACGAGGCGGCUCUGCUUGCUCUACUUAACCUCGCGGUCAAAGACGAGAAGAAUAAGGUGAGCAUUAUUGAAGCUGGUGCUUUAGAGCCAAUCAUCAACUUCUUGCAAUCUAAUAGCUCAACACUGCAAGAAUAUGCUUCUGCAUCUUUGCUCACUCUCUCCGCCUCCGCUACCAACAAACCCAUCAUUGGAGCUAAUGGAGUGAUUCCUCUAUUAGUCAAAGUCAUUAAACAUGGAAGCCCACAAGCUAAAGUUGAUGCAGUCAUGGCACUUUCCAACCUCUCUACACUCCCCACUAACCUGAGCAUGAUCCUAGCGACCAAACCACUCUUACCGAUUCUGAGUCUUCUCAAAUCAAGUAAAAAAUCGUCGAAAACAUCUGAGAAAUGCUGUUCCCUCAUAGAAUCAUUGAUGGCUUCCGGCGAGGAGGCGAGAACCGGUUUAGUUUCGGACGAAGGAGGAGUUUUUGCGGUGGUGGAAGUUCUUGAAAAUGGGUCACUACAAGCUAGAGAACACGCUGUUGGUGUACUCCUAACACUGUGCCAAAGCGAUAGAAGUAAAUACAGAGAGCCAAUUCUCAGAGAAGGUGUAAUACCGGGACUGCUUGAGCUCACGGUUCAAGGUACAUCAAAGUCUCGGACUAAAGCACAAAGACUUCUCUCUUUACUAAGGAACUCAAAAAGUCCAAGAUCAGAGGUUCAGCCAGAUACAAUUGAGAACAUAGUGUCGAGCUUAAUCUCUCAUAUAGACGGAGAUGACCAAUCCGGUAAAGCGAAGAAGAUGCUAGCUGAGAUGGUACAAGUUAGCAUGGAGAAGAGCUUGAGACAUCUACAAGAACGUGCUUCCACUCUUGUCCGUCCCUAAGACCGCAUUUCCCCGAGGUUUCUUACAUGUAUAAGAAAGAAAAAAAAAGACAGAUUCUGCAUAAGUGUGUGAAGAUUGAAGAACAUAAUACAUGCCAGUCCAGUGCCAACGUUCUGGUUCUCAGUGACAGGUUUCUUUCUUACUCAACAGUGUUCAUAAUAAAAGCUUAUUGUAAGUUGAAAUGUCAUUGGUGUGUACAUAUAUACAUUUCUAUACAAACGUUUUUUUACCUUUUAAAAAAGUUUCAAUCAUGUUGUUGUGCCAUUAGUGUUUGGACAUCAACGUCAAGCCUUCAUUUUUUGAUUUAAAAUCACAUGUAUCACGUUUAAGAAUGUAAUCAUCCAACUUUAGAUCCAACUAGUCUUUU